AUGGCUCUCGCAGGGCACGUCGUUGCGCCGAAGAAAGCUAAGCAUCGACGUCUGAAUCCCCGUCGCGAACCCGUGUCCAGUGACAGCUCACCGACGGAGUCGGUCGUGGCGAAUUACCCGAUCAGCUGGCAGCUCAGCUGCAAUUUGUCUGGUAAGACGUCGGCAUAUUCGCGGGCGAUCCCGUACACUCGAUUACUUGAUUUGAGAUGCGCUUCCCACGACUACACUGCAAAACACUCAUCGCGUGCCGACUUCAGUUCAGCGCUCUUCGGCCGUGAGGUACUGUCAGCGAUGACAGUAUUCAGCCCGGACGACGCUGAAUUCAGCGUCGGUGAUCAGGCGUACCAGUUCGAUGUCACUGUCUUUGAGAUUGCGAAAGAAGUUCUUCCGAGAGAGGCUUGGAAGUAG